GAGGCCGGCUAUAAGCGCUGGGAGGCCGGGAGGAGGAGAGAGAAAGCGGGGAAAGGGCAGCCUCCUCCUCGCCUUGUUGUAACCUGAGAAGGAAGGAAGGAGGGCGCGGCCAGGUGAGCCAGGAGGAGGCUUACCUGCGGAACCUGUUGAGCAGCUCCAGAGUCCAGAGACUAGGGAAGGAGGAGGCAGAAAGGGCGCAGCAGAGGCACCAAGGGACACACCUGGAGGCUUGCUCCUCUUGGGCUUCUUCUCCUCCUCCAUCUCCUUCCACCUGCUGCCUCCUCUUUACCUGGCUCUCCCUUUACCUGCCAUGGAGUCGCCCCGGGGGGCUGCCUUGCUCCUGGCCACGCUCUUCUCGGUUCUCCUUGCCACAGCACUGGGACAAGAAGGAUGUCGGUGUCAGAACAACAGACGGACAGUAGAAUGUGUUCAAGUUGGUAGCACCUGCAGAUGUAAAUCUUAUGGAUCUAAUGUCACAGUGGAUUGUGCAACACUAACAUCAAAAUGUUUGCUGAUGAAAGCUGAAGUCCAAGGCACAAAGACUGGUAGAAGGUCAAAACCACAAACUGCAUAUGUAGAUAAUGAUGGCAUUUAUAAUCCAGACUGUGAUAGCAAAGGUAACUUCAAAGCUAAACAAUGUAAUGGGACAACAACUUGCUGGUGUGUGAACUCUGCUGGCGUACGAAGAACUGAAAAGAGUGAUUCAGACAUCACAUGCAAUGAGGUAGUAAGGACAAGUUGGAUUAUUAUGGAAAUGAAACAUGAUGACAGGAAUAGUCCACUGGACCAAGCAACCCUUGAAAGAAACAUCGGAGAUUCGCUUUAUCAGCGUUACAAAUUGGAUCCAAAGCACAUCAGUGUUAUGUAUGAAAACCCUUACAUUACCAUUGAAUUGAGACAAAAUGCUUCAGCUAAAUCUUUCGCAGAUGUGGACAUAGCAGAUGUAGCGUACUACUUUGAAAAAGAUGUAAAAGAAGACCCCGUGAUUCAAGACAGCACUCUUAACGUUAUGGUUGCAGGAGAACCUCUUAAAUUCAGAGAUGCUGUAAUCUACUAUGUUGAUGAAAAGCCACCAGAGUUCUCAAUGAAACGUUUGACUCCUGGAGUUAUUGCUGUAAUUGUGGUUGUAGUCCUGGCAAUAGUUGCUGCUAUUCUUGUAUUGGUCUUCACUAGAAGAAAGAGAGGAAAAUAUGAAAAAGCUGAGAUAAAGGAACUGAAUGAAAUACCGAGAGAACGAAACUCAUAAAUGCUGUAAUGUGAAACAGAAGAAUGGGUUAGAAGUGUAAAAAUUUAAUGAAGGCUAGGCAUAUAGAUGCUUCAGUUUUAUACUAUCCUGUAGUUUAGUAAGAGGAUUACUUUAUUGAGCCUAAGCGGCAUGUUUUCCCUUUUGGGGCUGUAAAUUUUUUUAAAAAAUUUGAGAACUAGUUUGGCUAGAUGAGUGUCAUUCCUCUGUCAUAGUUACAAUUGUAAGACUAGCAAUAUCUUAUCAUUGGAUGUAUGCUUAGAGACCAUUUUAUGUAAACGUUUUUGUAUGUCUAGCAAACUACUACAUCUGAUGGUUGCCAGACAUCUCUUGCAUACAUUGGAAUGUUGUGUGUUUUCUAAUGUUUGUACAUAUUUUCCUUCAAAUUAUCUGGAAUUUUUUUACAAGUAAUGAAUAAAAUCUGAAACAAACUUA